AUGCCUCAGGCAGAGCUGAACACCCUUUCUUCCGACACGGGCGCCAAUGAGGGAGGGCUCAAAAGGCUUGAGUGGUCUAAAGGAGGACUCAAGACCAGGAACAACUCCAUGAAAGCAUGUUCAACUCGCCUCAUUGAGGAAGUCUUUGCACAGCUCAAGACCAGGAACCACCCUGCCAGCUCAACAAUUGAGAGUGGCACGCCAUCCAAUGGUGUUGCUACCAAGGGCGCCCCGCCAUCCACCACUGUCGCUUCUAAGAACAUCACGCCAAUCAACAUUCAUCAGGGUGUACAGCUCAGUCAGAGUGGCUUCACCGCUGGCAUUGUCAAAGCCAGCAAGAGCAGCUCUGUGGUCAAGACCAGCACGCCCAAAGAGGCUGGCAAAAUUGUCCACAGCACCAUGCCAAGCAAUGUUGGCUCUUCUAGCAAGCCCAAGGAUGGUACCCCUUCUGUUCGCAAGCCUUCGGCGAGCAGUGUUUAUGCCUCGCCUCCAAGUGCGAAAGUAACCCCCACCGAUUCGACGAUCAAGGGCGGCGCGCCCUCCAACAGCGUCGAUGACUCUGCGUGUGCCGAGAGCCACUCUAACUUUGGACACCUAGUCAAGACCCAGACUAAGGGUAAGGGUGGAAACCACAGCAAGACUCCACAGAGUUGCUCUGCUUCGCCGAGCAGCCCCACUGAUUCGACGAUCAAGGGCAGCGCGCCCUCCAACAGUGUCAAUGACUCUGCCAAGACUCCACAGAGUCAGAUACCCGUUGCGAAGGCGUCUAACGGUGCCGUAAACAAGGCCAUUGGCACUUCCGUGCAGACGGAUGAUGGCAACGGUCAGGGCCAGCCCGCCAAAGAUGAAGCCGAAAGUAUCGACUUGCCACAAAUGCAAGUCCAGAAAGAUCCUGCUGCCAACGAGCGCAUCGACGCCCUUAGCAAAGAGCUGCAGGAUCUUUGCCAAGCUCUCCAGAGAGCAUCUGAGGCGAUGCCAAGGGACUUGGCUACCUUUUGGCAAUCUGUCGAUGCGCAAUUGAGCAAAGUCUCUGCCAAGCUUAGGCGUGAAGCAGCAGAGGAGCGGGCAGAAAGGGAGCGCAACAAUGCGCGUUGUUUUGCUGCUCUCAAGUCAAGAAUCGAGGCAGCUGCAGUGCAGCGGGCUAGCUGCUCUUGGUGGAUGAGCAUUUGCUGGAUGCUUGUGCUUCCCUUGAUUGUCCUUGCUGCUCUGGGGCUGGUCGCGUUGAGGUCUGCGCAAGGCCCAAUGUUCAAGGACUGGUUGGUCGCUCUUGACAGACUGCCAGAACUGGCAAUGUCGCACAUCCGCCCGCCCUUGCCACCAGUGACAUUGAGGGCCCAGAGCAAGGCCCUGGUCAUGGCCUUGCUUGGAAAGCCUCCGGCCGUCCCAGAGCCUGUCACCAUCUCCUCGCUGCUCAGCAAGCACUGCGACACCUUCGCUAUGAUUGGCAUGCGCGCUCGAGAGGGCCAUCCUGGUCAAUCGCGCCAGGUCAUCGUGUCAAAAGCAACGGCCUCUAGCUUUUGGUCAUUCUCGCAGACCUGCCUUGUCGCAAAGUGGAGCGAAGUGGCGCUUAGAGCGAGAUCCGCCGCAGAUCGCGUUGCGACUUGGGUGCAGCAGCUUCCCGCACUCUUUUGA